CUUCAGGUAUUCAUGGCAUCUCGGUUUUUGAAUGGCGUAGACCGGAAUCCAAACUUUUCUGACCAGUUAAUCAAGCUUAUUCCUAAAACCGACAUUCAUUGUCACCUUGAUGGGUCAAUCAGAUUAGAAACUCUGGUGGAUCUAGCUAAAGAACAAAACAUAUCAUUACCCUCAUAUAAUCUUGAUGAACUGAGAAAGACUGUCUUCAAGGAGUGCUACACUGAUUUGGAUGAUUAUCUUGUUCCUUUCCAAUACUCUUCCGCUGUAUUAAGAAAUGCAAAUGCUUUGGAAAGGGUAGCAUUCGAAGUUGCAGAAGAUUGUUACUCAGAGGGUGUGAGAUAUUUUGAAGUAAGAUUUGCUCCACAUUUGAACGCUGUGCCAGGAGAACUGUCAGUAGAGGAUGUCAUUAUUGCUGUGAACAAUGGAUUGAAGCGUGCCACUGAUACAUUUAAUGGUAUAGAUGAUGAUGUUCAUAAGGGAGAGGCUCCUGAAUAUAUGUAUGGAAUUAUUGUAUGUGGUAUGAGAUUUUUUAAUGGUCACUUUUCACCAUUCUUCAAAAACUUUUGUGAAAUUUUCAAACAUGAAAGCAAGAAAAAGAUGUUUGGGAUUGCAACUUUACAGCUUGUAAAAUUGGCUGUUCACAUGAGAGAUACCCUGAAUAUUCCAAUUGUUGCUUUGGAUAUUGCUGGAAGCGAAGCCAGCUUUCCUGCCAUAGAUCAUGCUGAAGCUUUCCAGUAUGCUCAUGAGAAUCAUAUGAACAAAACAAUUCAUGCUGGUGAAGCUUAUGGUCCAGAGAGCAUAUUCCAGGCAGUGACUGCUUGCUAUGCUGAACGAAUUGGACAUGGAUUAAACAUGUUUGACACUUCAUUCUUCCAUCCUGAAACUCCUGUGGUAGACAAACAGAAAUAUGUCGAUGGAAUCAUCCGGUUCAUUGCUAACAGAAGAAUAUGUGUUGAGGUUUGUUUGACUAGCAAUUAUCAAACAGCUCCAAAGCUUAGAGCUGCACACCCUGAUACACACCCUCUGAAAAGAAUGAUGGAGGAAAAGCUUUGUGUUUGUCUCAACACUGAUAAUAGGAUGGUAUCAAGAACAACCAUGUGUGAUGAAAUCAGACUAGCUGUUGAUGUAUUCAAGCUGAGUAGAGAUGAUCUUUGGGAGUUGAUAAGCAACGGAUUUAGCAGUAGUUUUAUGCCUGGCAGCUAUGCAAAUAAACUGGAAUACAUGAGGAAGAUGAAAGCUUUCUACAAUCGAAUUAUAGACAUGUGCACUGCAGCGUAAUCCUAGUUUAAAACUUAAUUAUGCUUCAGCAUAUAUUAUUAUAUUGGACAGUUCACCUUUUUUGACUUGUUAACCCGAAAAUAAUUCGUUGUAUAUUAAUAAUUUAUUUGAUCAUUGAUCGUAAAACAAUUAUUUUAAAAUAUGCUUCAAUGUAUAUGUGUACAAUGAGCAGAUAUUAAAAUAAUUUUUAAAAUUUAUGAUUGGAAUUAAUUCUACUGCUUUUUGUGUUGCUUAAUUAAUGUCUAAAUCAAUUUGAAUGAUUUUUAGGUUUCUAGAUGACUUAAUCAUUUUGAAUAAAUUCUAAUUUUCUAUUAUAUUCAAUUACAUACUUGACUUUGAACUAUUACAAUCAUGUACUAUCACUUAUGGUAAAUAUC